AUGUUUUGCGUCGUUGUAAUACAAAGUUUUGGAAAACUAAAGGUUCUAGAGUAUCUGAACUGGUUAUUCCCUGGGGCGAAAGCAAUACAUGAGCAAAUCGCAUUCAUUCACUUGGCUGUGCAGAAACAGAGCCCCAUCUUGUACUCGCCGCCGUGGAGCAAAAUUCUCGAAGACUUUUUCAACAAGACGGCCUGCUGGCCCAAUGGCAAGGCGCUUGACUACGAAUCAAAAGAUUGCAGGUUCGACCCCUGCGUAGGUCAUGUUGUUGUGUAUCGUCACCACGACGAUCAAUUUUUGCUAGAUCCGGUACCAGCAUGGCGGGGCAGGCUUAUUUGA